GGCCAUUGGUUGUGUUAUUGACUAAACUUUCGGCGGGUUGAACCAGAAAGGGAAACCGAAUCUCAGACAGAAGUCUUCCAAUUUAAACGGGGCACAUAACGAGGAGGAAGCUUGUGUUUCACCUGACCUGCAGGUGGCGUGGUGCACCCGGAAGUCUGUGCUGCUGCAGACCAGAGAAGAAGAUGAUUACGGAACUUUACCGGAAGUUGUGUGAACCGCUCAACGUGAGCUGUGUUUAGGUAAGCGAAAUGAUGCUGGAAAGGAGCGUUGUGAGAGUGCUGGCGGACAUCCUCCUCGCCCACCGAGGGACUCGGAAGCUAGACCGGGACCCGGAACGGGAGAGAGACGUGGCGGAUCCCGGACAGCUGACGGUUCUCUGCCGCUGCUCCAGAGCUUUCGUCCAGUCAGUGUGCCCUCACUAUCUCGUCCUCUUUCAGAUCCGUGUUCCCCGGGACAGAGAUCUGUACCGGUCUGACAACAGGCUGCUGUCCCAGGACCCCGCUCAGGUUCUCGAGUCUGAAGAGGAGGAGGAGGAGGAGGAGGAAGAGGAAGAGCUUUUGGAUGGAGAGUCUCGGUUAAUGGCUGAACUGGGUCUUCCUUUGGCUUUCAUCAGCUCAUCUGAUCGGAGGAGGGAGCAGAGGAGAACGUCUCACAGGAGGAUUGUAACAUCUAGGGAAGCCCCAGUCCAGGAUGAAGAUUCCCAGUUUGAAGAAGAAGAAGAUGAAAUGAAGAACAAAGCAGGUCACGAAAAAAAGCAGAAAGAAGAGAACCAGGACACUGGCUGGGAGUCUUACUGGGCUCAGCACGGAGAAUCUCUGUUGUGGAGCAGCUGGUUAGAGAAACAUCCAGAGGUCAGUGCGCUGUCUACAGACGAUCCCGGAGCAGUCACUGUUCCCUGGAAUAACCCAGAUACUAUAGCUGUCUGGAACACACAUGCCACCGAGACCUAUUACUCUUACUGGGAGCGUUACUCCUACUGGGCAGCACAGGGCUGGACUGCUGAUCAUCCUGUGUGUAAUGGGAACACUGGCGAGGUGGGGGACACGGCCACACAGGAACACUGGAAAGGUGACACAGGAAGGACGAACCAGGAAGGUGUCGCUGAAGUCGAUGUUGUCAGUAACUUGUUGGGACAGAAUUGCUCACUAGAUGUGCGCCGUAGCGGGUUGGGUGAUUCAGAGACGGAUCAGGUCUGUGUUGGUGUGGCAGCCGACAUAGAACAGCCAGAGGAAGAGCUUUGUGGCUCUGAAGAUCCUUCAGAUGGUGGGGGCAAUCACAAGAGAUGUACCGGCACCUCCCAACAGAACACAAGUCCUACAACAGAUUGUAAACAGGCUAAUGGUAAACCAAACAGACAGAACAACUCAAAAAGCAGGACAUCAGAGAGAGACGACGACGAUGAUGAUGAUGAUGAUAAACAACCUAGAAGACAUGGUAAAGUCAAACGCAGUCACGAGCUGGACUUAGACGAGUGUCCUCAGCUUCUUGCUGAAACAGCCUGGAAUAAACUGGGACUGAAACACAACCCUGACCCUCAGUUUGACACUGUGAUAGAAUUUAAAUGCUCUAAAGGUCUGAAGCAUCAGAAGCAGCAGGGGACUAACAUCAGUAAACAGGCCAGGUUUUCUGUGAAGGAUGGAGAUCUCAAACGGCCUCGAACCAGCGCCUCUCUGUCCAAGGUCCAAGAUUUCCUGAAGAAGGUGCAGCAGGACGCAGAGAUGGAUCCAAUAAGGGAGGGAGGGGGAGACGCACGUGAUAUAAAGCCCCAAUGUCCGACAGAAGAGCAACAAGACAUGGAGAUAAUUCACACUCAAAAGCAAAGGACUGUGGAAGGACAGAGUUCUGAUCCUGAAUCCACAACUGAGCACACUUUUAACUUCACCACGGCACCAGUGGAAGAUGUAACGGAGAAAAAGCAGCAGGAGCAAUUAUCAGCUGCAGGAACACCAGACUCUGUCCCGCCAGACACACAUGAAGGGCUGAAUGUGAAAUUCAGGAAGCGGCAGAAGAAAAAGAAGCAGAAAAAGACACAGCAACUACCAGAAGAGAUGGCAGCAGAUACUGAGCUGGCUAAAUACUGGGCUCAGCGCUACCGGCUUUUCUCUCGCUUUGAUGAAGGAAUCAAACUGGACCGAGAAGGGUGGUUCUCUGUGACACCAGAGAGGAUUGCUGAGCACAUUGCCCUCAGAGUGGAGCAGAGCUUUUCUGACUGCCAGCUUGUAAUCGAUGCCUUCUGUGGUGUCGGAGGAAACGCCAUCCAGUUUGCACUCACUGGAAAGAGGGUGCUGGCUGUUGAUAUAGACCCGGUUCGACUGGACUUGGCUCGGCACAACGCUGCAGUUUACCGUGUCUCUGACCGCAUUGACUUCCUGCAAGGAGACUUUCUUCAGCUGGCGCCUGGUCUCCGUGGUGAUGUGGUCUUUCUGUCACCACCAUGGGGAGGACCAGACUACCUGACUUCUGAGGUGUUUGACAUUAGAACCAUGAUGGAGCCAGAUGGAUUUAAGAUUUUCAACCAGGCCAAGCAGAUUUCAGACAACAUCGUCUACUUCCUGCCUCGCAACGCAAACGUGGAUCAGAUAGCAUCUCUGGCAGGUCCAGGGGGGAGGGUGGAGGUGGAGCAGAACCUUCUGAACAACAAGCUGAAGACUGUGACUGCUUACUUUGGGAACCUGAUUGUGUCUCGUGACUAAAGGCUUCUACUGUAGUUGAUUUAUUUUGUCUCUAGUGUAUUUGUUACUAACAUUUAUCAUUAAGAUGUGAUUGCUUUUUUACUUCUUAGACCAUUAAAGGCUUUUAUUCAGUUUAUCUUCAGUUAAUGAGGUAAAAUCUGGACUACAGAGUUAGUCCAACUUGUCCUUAUCACCAGGCCCUGGUUUAAGUCUGUGCAGUUUUAACCAGGCAGCUGGGCGACCCCUCCAGGACGCCUGAUCUAAGAUCUGAUUGGUUCAUAUUUUGAUCCAAACAUCUGGUGGUAGAACAUGAAAUGUUAGUUGGUCACAUGUAUUCUGUAGAUCACGUUACGUUGAUGAUGACAACUAUAUAAGCCAUAAAGAGAAAUGUGUUUUUA